UUGUUUUAUAUUUAUUUCUUUGCAGUUGGUUUUCCUAUAUUGUGUUUCUUCUUGUUUGGAAGUGCAUAUAAACGUGGCUUCUUCUGCGAUGAUGAAUCACUUAAACAUCCUUUUAAAGAGUCGACGGUGCGAAAUUGGAUGUUAUACUUUAUAGGCUUAGUGUUACCCAUUGGAGCGAUAAUUAUUGUGGAAGUAGUGAGAUCCAAACAUAAUGCCAAAACUUCAAAUGGCAACAACAUAUCUCGACCCUAUGUAUUUAUGGAUUAUGAAAUACCAGAUUGGAUGGUUGAAUGCUAUAAGAAAAUUGGAAUAUUUGGUUUCGGGGCAGCGGUUUGCCAAAUGACUACUGAUAUUGCGAAAUAUUCCAUUGGACGUUUAAGACCACAUUUCUUUGCGGUGAGUUGA